UCUCAGUGCAUCCUCAGUCGUUAGUUACUAUUGCAAUAUAAAUUUUUCAUCAAAUUAAAAAUCUUUUUUAUUAUUUGAAAAUAAAAAUAAUAAUUCAAUUUAUUUUGCAAUAAAUAAGUUUGUUGAUGAUAAAAUGUCUUAUUACGAGUCUGGAAUUUGUUCUUAUUACACGGGUGGAGGUAUAACAGCAAGUGGUGAACCAUUUAAUGAAUAUGAUAUGACAGCAGCUCAUAGAAGCCUACCAUUUGGUACCAUGGUCAGAGUCAAACACAAUGGUCCAAGUGUUGUUGUUAGAAUAAAUGAUCGUGGACCAUUUGUAGCUGGAAGAAUUAUCGAUGUAUCACGUCCACGUGGAGCAGCUGCUGCAAUGGGUAUCAUUGAUUUAGGUGUUGUUCAUUGUGAAAUAGAAACUUUAUAAACCAAUUUAAUAUCACAAAUAAAUAACUUAAUAUUAAGAUAUAUAUUUUUUGCUAAUGAACCUGGAUGUUGAUAAAAUAAAUAUAUUAAAAAUAA